GAAUGGAUGCAAAGUGAUCGCCAAACCUGACUCAGAAUUCUCACAGACAGACCAGCAACAGUUAAAGUGUAUACGGGCAGAAAGAAGCAGCAAGUAAGCCAAUCGGCCAGCUAGUAGUCUUUAAAAGUUUAUUGUUCAACAUACAAUAAGCUAUAUUGCAAUAUAUAGGUACAUAUAAUAUAAUCACUAAGCUAUUUAGGGUGUGGUACAGAAAAUUCCAUUAAGUAGUAAAAAUUAAAAAAUUUCUAAAGGAAAUUCGCGUGAAUAAUCAACGUUACUGAUUAACUAGUUUGUGCACACAUACAUACAUACAUUAACUAUGUGCUUAUUGUCGCAAAAAAGAUCAACAGCCAACUUCAUGGCCAACACAAUGUCCUCUUCCACCUCCGUUGCUGUCGCCAUUGUUGUCUGCUUGUGGACGCUUAUGGCGGGCAGUGCGCAAGCGCAACGUACUCCAACAAUUUCGUACAUUACACAAGAACAAAUUAAGGAUAUUGGUGGCACAGUCGAAUUCGAUUGUUCGGUACAGUACGCCAGUGAUUAUCAGGUUCUAUGGUCAAAGACUGAUACUGAUGCUGUCUUCCUAUCCACCGGUUCAACGUUAGUGAUUAAAGAUUCACGUUUCUCGCUACGUCACGAUCCCAAUUCUUCCACAUACAAGCUGCAAAUUAAGGACAUACAGGAGACUGAUGCAGGUACCUACACCUGUCAGGUGGUCAUUUCCGUUGUGCAUAAAGUUAGCGCCAACGUAAAGCUAUCGGUACGUCGUCCGCCCGUCAUCUCCGACAAUUCAACGCAAUCGGUGGUGGCGAGUGAGGGCAGUGAGGUGCAGAUGGAAUGCUAUGCCAGCGGCUAUCCGACGCCAACAAUUUCUUGGCGACGUGAGAACAACGCCAUCUUGCCAACAGAUAGCGCCACAUACGUUGGCAACAUUCUCAAGAUAAAAUCGGUAAAGAAAGAAGAUCGUGGCACUUAUUAUUGCGUCGCCGACAAUGGUGUGAGCAAAGGUGAUCGCCGCAACAUAAAUGUGGAAGUCGAAUUCGCGCCUGUCAUCACUGUGCCACGUCCACGUUUGGGACAAGCGCUCCAAUACGAUAUGGAUUUGGAAUGUCACAUCGAAGCUUAUCCACCACCGGCAAUUGUCUGGCUGAAGGAUGACAUUCAGCUCUCGAAUAACCAACAUUACAGUAUCUCACAUUUUGCCACCGCCGAUGAAUAUUCCGACUCCACAUUGCGUGUAAUUACCAUCGAGAAACGUCAGUAUGGCGAUUAUGUUUGUAAGGCAGUCAACAAGUUGGGUCAAGCUGAAUCGCGUGUCAAUCUCUUCGAGACUGUGAUUCCAGUGUGCCCACCAGCUUGCGGGCAGGCAUAUUAUGGCGGCGCUGAACACUUGGCGGCCACCACAUUUGUGUUAUUGGCAAUGUUGGGUGCGGCGGUGUUUGCAAGAUAAAUACAAGGACUAUUUAGAAAUAUGUACGCAUUGAUACAAACAUAUGUACAUACAUAUGUAUAUGUACUUGUAGACACGUGUUCGUAAAUGUGUAAGAGAGUUGGCAACAAAAGAAAAGUGACAAACGCCGAGGAAGGGAAGUUAUUAAAUACAAAAAUAUGUAUAUCAAAGGCAAGCUGGAGCAGUUCUGAAUCUUAGAUGUUUUCCGAAUUAAAUAAAACGAAUCAACGCAUACGAUUAAUAGAAACUCGAAUAGAAGAUAUGACAAAAACAAAAGUAAAAUCAACGCAUUUAAAACCAAAACAGAAAUUAAAUAAAAAAAAACAUGCAUACAUAAAUAAUUACAAGAGUAAAUACUUACGUUGAUAUAAAGGCGAUAAAGUACGAAAUAAAGCAUUCCAGCAGUCAAAAAGUCGCAAAAAUUCGCUUAAUUCUUUAUUUUAGUAUUUUAUUUUAUUUUUUUUACUUUAUUGAUACACAUAGUACAUACAUAUUUACAUACAUAUGUAAGUCAUUUGUUGUAAAGUUACAAAACUAACGUCCAUUUUAGUUAAGCGCACCGCAAACACUUUUCACACAUACAUGUGUACAUACAUAUUUAUAUAUUUACCUGCAUUCAUAUCAGAUUGCUAGAUACAUAUAUGGGCUUAUAUGUACAUAUGUAAGUAAGCAGUUCUUACUUUCAUAGGAAUGGGUAACUCUCUGUAAAUCUCUAACAUCCAUUUACAUACAUAUCUGCUGAUGGCACUACUUUAUAUACAUACAUACAAAUUGUAGAAUCUUGUGGAUAUUUUUUCAGUUGAUAUCGCCAACCAACCCCGUCCGUAAUUCAAUUUUCAAUUAAUUAUUUCUUAAGCACCUCAAACAUUUAAAAGCUCUCUCUCUACAACAUCACAAAAUAAUAUUUUGUAUUAAAAUUUUAUAUUAACAUCACACUUGGACCGAUUUGCGAUUGUUUAAUUAAGAACACAAUCAUUACUGUAUUUGUGUGACGAAUUUCCUUCAAAUUAAUAGAUACUAAUUUUCUAUUCGUCUCUAAAAUUAAAAAAAAAAGAAAUGAUCAUAAAUUUAAAAUUUAUUAGUAAUGAAAAAAAAA